AAAUCGACUAUCAAUGUCAACUCACAUCAGGGUUAAACCGUCCAACUAACAUUUUAUCUUAAAAUAUGUGAAAAUUUGCAAUAGAAAGAUUUAGUCGUAAAAUACGAAUACACCAUGGCGCGAUAAAAAAAGUCGAACUAUAACUAAUACAAUGAAAAUUACAUAAGAAAAUACCGCUUCAAAAUGUGGACGUCAAAUUGGCAGGUGGGCAGAAGAACGUGACAACGAUGACUCGAAAAACUCUUAGAAUUUCUUCGUAAAGCUUCCAUCAUCCGGAAACCUUCCAGAAAUUAAAUUAUGUAUAAAGGAAAUCACUACGUUUCGACCUAUCAGAAGGACUAUACCUGGCCCAACAUGUCGUCUAUGUGUCGUACUCAACCCUCCAUCAAACCGAUUGUCGUUGAAGCUUGCAUUUGUGUUGAUCCGUGGCAAGAACAGAAAGAAGUGCAACGGUAUGGAACUUUCGAGGAACGUGGCGAUCGCAUGUGUUCUACGGGACGACUGGUGGAACCAAAGAUUUAUCCCAAGAUCGAACGGGGUCCUGUGGAGGACGUAUCACGAUUUGAUCAGUUAACCAGUAUUUGCCUCAAAGAAGGGUAUCCUGAUUUGAUCGAGAUGUUAGAGAAAUCACUUCCGAGAGAAAAAGUUGCGCAAGUGGAUGCUGAUCGCAUGAAAACAACGUAUCAAAUGGAUUACAGUGAUCCUGCAGCUGCACGUAUGACACAACGCGACAUGGCGUUGACAGUCGUCGAUGAGAAUGAUCGACGUGCACAAUGUGUGCCAAUAAAGAUAACUAUAAAAGCUGAUUGUUCGCCGUAUUGUCAGCUUCCUUCUUCAAUGAAUAACAGAAAUGACGUUGGAGAACGCGAGCGUAAACAAAAAAUGUGGAAUGGAUUAAAAAACGGAAAGAAACGCGAAAGUUUCGACAAAAAACAUAUAUCAAUGCCAUCCUGGAAAUCAGAGUAUCAAGAUAGUAUCGAUAAAAUCGGUCACGUCAUUAUAAAGGCUAAACUGCAUCAGGCAAGGAAGAAAGCUUUACCAGUUCAGUAUCAAUACAGUACUACCAAUUGAAUGUAUCAAAGAAUCUGCAACCAAUUGCUAAAUUAUAUGUGCACAUAUAAAAUAUAACUUUUUGAUAAACAAUGUAAAAAAUUAAAACUUAAUUAUAUGUAAUGAUUAAA